AUGGCAGGCCCGCUGUGCAGGAUUGCGGUUUGGAAGGACCGUUCGGGAAGCGAGACGGCCAUGACGAUGUCCUGGAGGCGGCGCUCCACCAACAGAGGGCGCUGCUGCAGCAGCUUCAUUGUGGCUGUGGUGUGCGGGCCUUGGCCUGCAGUGAGCGGGGAGGCUCACUGUCUGUCUUCUCAGGGCUAUCUGAUUGGGGCGCGGCCGGAGAAUGCGUGCGAGCCAAUCGAGCCUCCACCGGCGAGGGACAACCUGACCGGAGCCUUCAUCGUCCUCAUCAAGCGCUUCGACUGCAACUUCGACAUCAAGGUUCUAAACGCCCAGAAAGCCGGGUACAAGGCGGCCAUUGUUCACAAUGUGGACUCUGAUGACUUAAUCAGCAUGGGAUCCAAUGACUUGGAUGUUUGGAAGCAGAUUGACAUUCCAUCUGUAUUUGUUGGUGAGGACACAGCCAACUCCCUGAAGGAGGAUUACCUCUAUGAGAAAGGUGGCCAUGUGAUCCUCAUGCCAGACUUCAGUCUUCCUCUGGAGUACUACCUGAUCCCUUUCCUAAUCAUCGUUGGAAUAUGCCUCAUCCUAAUUGUUGUCUUCAUGAUCACCAAGUUUGUUCAGGAUCGGCACAGGGCCAGGAGGAGUCGUCUCCGCAAAGACCAGCUGAAGAAACUGCCCAUUCACAAGUACAAGAAAGGUAAGGGCAACGUGGCCAAGGCUGGCCUUCUGUGCUUAUGAUGUUACUAUGAACAC